AAAAACGCACCCAAGAGAGCGAAGCAAGUGCAAUUUUUUUACAUAUAGUAUUUAUUUACAUUAGAAAAACACAAUUUUAAUGGUCGUGCCUACACAUAAUACCCGCAAAUUAUGCAGCGACCGCAGCAACAACAACAGCAGGAAUUAAAACAGCCGCUCAAGAAUCGCAUUCCCAGUGUCAGCAGUUCCACUAGCACUGCAGUCAACACAAAUCCUAACCAUUUGGCCACCACGUCCACCUCCGCAUCAAAUGCUGCAGCCGUAACGCCUCCAAACACACUGACACCCAAUCGCAACUAUGCCGCCUCGGAUACAUCGGGCGAACACGAUGUAGACUAUACGGACGCACGCUACGAAUGCGCGAUUUGCAUUCACUGGCUGAACGAGCCUGUGCUCACCUCGUGCGGCCAUCGCUUUUGCAAGUCGUGUCUCAGCGAUUGGCUGCACAAUGAAAAUCAGUGUUGUCCUUUAGACAAUAAGCCGCUUUCUGCCGAGCACGACAUCUUUCCGGACAACUAUACCCGUCGCGAGAUUGAACAAAUAAAACACAAGUGUCCGAACUCGCCACUCGGCUGCUCCGUUGUGGCAUCGCCCAUUGAGGUAGACCGUCAUCUGCCCAGCUGCCCUUAUCGCCGCCAGCAGGCGCAACGCGAAGAGAAAUGCCCCUUUGCGAGCAUUAAGUGCGAUUUCGUGGGUCGGCCAGAGACAAAUGCGCUCGAGGAGCACCUGAAGACGGAUAUGCCGCAUCACAUGCAGCUCAUGCUACAGGCUUUUCAGCAGAAGGCCAUAGCCAGCUGGCAGCCGCAGAAGCCAAACAAGGGCACAGGAGCCGUGGAGAAUGGUUUUGGGAGCCAUCAGGUGCAACCACCCGCGCAGUACGCAAACGAAGCGGACGAACAGAUCGUGCAGGCCAUGUACCAGCGCAUUGUGGUGCUGGAGCAGCACACACGUGAGCAAGACACUCGACUGGAGAAUCUCGGCAAGCAGUUGCGUCUCGCCCGUCAGGUGGAUCCGCGCUACAGCAAUGGCACCAUUGUCUGGCAGAUCGAACAGUUCAGUGCCCUCGUCGAGCGUCUGCGCUCCAAUGCUAACAACCAAGUGUAUUCGCACGAGUGCUACACGUCACCCUAUGGUUACAAGUUCUGUGCCCGACUCAAUGUUCAGCCUCGUAAACCGCAAAUGCUCAGUCUACAUGUACACCUCAUGCAAUCCGAGAAUGAUUUUCAUCUGGAGUGGCCUUUCAAGGGGCGCAUAAAGCUGUGUAUGGUGCAUCCAAAUGAUGGGGGACAAUCACAACUGGAUACCAUCAUGACCAAGCCCGAAAUACUGGCCUUCCAUCAGCCGCGCGAGCGCAUCAGUACACGGGGCUUUGGUUUUCUUGAAUACGCCAACAUAUCGGACAUUGUGGGUUUGGGAUUUUGCGCCAACGAUCGACUGGUUAUCAAAAUCGAGAUCAAUAUUGUCUGAGCUUUCAGUUAACAAGACAGAAAGAAGUAAAGCAACUCGGGAGCCAAUACACAUAUACCUACAUACUUAUACAUACAUAUAUUUUAUACGACUUACAUACCUACAUACAGUCGUUUGUAUGUGUGGACACAGGACAGGACCCGUAGACAACGUACCCAAGCAAUUUUUGUACUGUAAUUUAGCCAAAUGCCAAUGGCCAAUGGCUAUAGGCUGUGUGCCUAGUAAAAAUAGUCUCUUGAUAUAUGAGUAGAUGUGUAUAGAUGCGUAUCUACAGUAGUAGCUCAUUAGAUUUGUUAACUCAACGAUCCAAUCACACGUGCCAGAUUAUUUCCAGAAGCAUAUAUACAUCAAUUGAUAACUCAAGACAUCAAAUCGGUGAUAAAGUUGAACGAGCAGUUAAUUAAUAAUUAUAAACGAAUCCGUCAGAAUCGGAAGGCUAUUACUGAAUGGCUUGCAUUAUACAGACGGUGACUCUCACAUCCAAUACCAACUUAUAGGGGGUAGGGGAUACUACCAAUCUUAUGCUUAUACAAAAGUAUAAUAUCUUUUUGAAAAAUACAGAUCUUAAAUAUUUUAAGAAUUUAAUAUUACAUUCAAAUAACUAUCCUAUUUGAAUUGGUAUGUGCAUACGAUAUCAAAACACAUUAAUUGAACAAGACUAUAGUUUGACUAUAGUUUCUUUCGUGAGUGAAAUAUUUUUACGAUAUGCAGACGUAUUUCAAUAUUCAUAUGUAUUUAACAUCGGUUAAAUACAAAAAGAACAAUCAAUUUUCUGGACAGACAAUCUAGCAAGUGUGUAGAGAUCUGAUUACUCAAAAAAAAUUCAAAGAUCUUCGCGUUGCAAAGAUAUUAACUGACGGCCUACAAAAAUCAUACGUACAUAGCCUAAUUCAGACCUAAAUAUGUAUUCGCAGUAGCGCUCUAUCGAUUAAGUUGGUCCCAUACAAACAAAAUGCUCCAUAUAUUGUAAUUUAUUCUCUUUCUCUUUUGUUGAUGCAAAUAUUUUAUCUAUUUUUCUUGCCAAAUUCCAAAUGAUAUUCAAGGCCGGCAGCAAUUAAAAAGGACUUCAAAUUCCAUAAUCCUAGUAUAUCAAACAGCUACGUAUCUUUAAUAGACCUAGUACUUAAUAUUUUAUAACUAUCUGUCAAGUCUCUACUUUGAUUUCUCAAUUGUAAACAAAAACGUCCAUUAUGUUUAGUUCUUACAAGUAGUCGCACGACUCAAGUCGGGUGUUUUAGACGACCAUAUACAUACAUACAUAGUAGAAGUAGCUAUAUACAUAUACAUAUAUAGGUACAUAUAUAGUACUUAAACAUUUAUAUAAACAUAUUAUACAUACAUACAUAUAUAACAAGCAAUAUUACUAGGGAACGUUGUGGCAAAUAAAGGACGGCAAAAUAGCGCCAACCCAGCGACGAUUUUUGCAUGUGUACUCAAAA